AAUCUACAAAAAUAUAAUGUUAACCUUAAGGAGGAGUUAUCUUUUAUUGGGAGCCCUGCUUCUGUAUUGCGCUCCGAAUGCGUGGUCUAUCGCCGAGGAUACGUGCAAUACAGUCCAGUAUCCGGAAUACAAUAUCAGCUACGACUUUGUGCCGCAUAUCUUGCAAUCCCUGGCGGCCUAUCGACCAUGUGAACCGGGGGAUCCUAAGUGCCUUUGCCAUGCCCAGACCAUCCAAAAAGAUAUGGAGCCUUAUAAGAACAAGGGUAUCACCCCAGAGAUGAUGAAACAAUCCAAACUUUUGGGAACUUAUUAUCAGGUAAUCCGUGGUCGCAUCUAUCGUCAGGCGAACUGCUCGCACCCGAAGCGAUGUGCCGACGUGGAAGACCUUCUCUUAAAGAUUGCCAGCGAUCUGCCCAAUUUAGAAUUUGUUCUCAAUGUACGUGACUGGCCCCAGGUGCAUUUUUUGUCCGGCUUAAGUGGACCAGUAUUUUCCUACUCAACUACGAAUCGUCACCUGGACAUCAUGUAUCCUGCAUGGUCAUUUUGGACCACCUCGGGUCCAAUCCUGCAGCAUUAUCCCCACGGUGUAGGUCGCUGGGACUGGAUGCGUCAACACUUGGCUGCCAAAGCUGCUAAGAUUUCCUGGGAUGCCAAGCAAUCCAUUGGUUUCUUCAGAGGCUCACGAUCUUCCCCGGAGCGCGACAAACUUGUAAGGCUUUCCCGCAGAUGUCCAGACUUGGUCGAUGCCCAGUAUACGCUCCAUGUGGCGUACAAUUCUGAUGGCCAUGAGCUCAACUCUGAUCCCGCCGAGGAAAUGCCUUUGGCCGAGCAUUGUCGAUUUAAGUACCUUUUUAACUUCCGGGGUGUGACGGCUAGUUUCCGCCUGAGGCACAUCCUACUUUGCCGCUCGUUGGUGCUCCAUGUGGGCGACCUGUGGCAGGAAUUCUUUUACAACCAACUGAAGCCCUGGGUGCACUACGUUCCCGUGGCUAGCGACGCCAACAUGGAAGAGCUGACGGAGCUGAUUCUGUAUCUACGCGAUCACGAUGAUUUGGCGGAGGAGAUUGCGGAGAGGGGACACCAUUUUAUAUGGCUCCACCUUCGAAUGGAGGACGUCCAAUGCUAUUGGCGCAAGUUAUUAACCGAAUACGCUCAGUUGCUUACUUAUAAAGUGCAACUGGAGCCGGGCUUGCUCGAGGUCUCUAACAAAAGAGCGGUACAGCUAUAUCGUUUUUAUAACCUAAAAUAAAAUAAAUUUAUUUGUUUUUUU